AUGGAACGACUAUGCAAUUAUUUCGCAACUACAAAGGCAGACAGAAGAAUACCGGGUUGCCUUGUUUCUCUAUACUCGAUUGGGCCCGAUGCUGUAAAGAUAUACAACAGUUUUGAUCUACCACCUGAAGAUAAACGCAAGAUAUCGAAAAUAAUGGAAAAGUUCGAUAGGUAUGCUGUUGGCGAGACAAACGAAACAUACGAAAGAUUCAUAUUUAACAGCAGAAAGCAGAAGGAAGAUGAAACUAUUGAUGAAUACGUGGCAGAAUUGCGAACACUUGCUCAGACAUGUAAUUUUUGUACAUGUUUGUGUGAUUCCCUGCUUAGAAAUCGUGUUGUCUUGGGAAUAAACGAUGCAAACACUCGCAAGCGCGAUGAAGCGUCAACAACGCAGAUAAAGCUCUUGGGUGAAGGUACAAAGCAGGAAGGUAUACAUAAAGUCGUUGGGACGGAAAACAAGAACAAGUCACAAGGAAAUAAUGACGGAUUUCAGCGAAAAUCGAAGGAACUGUAUCGCCAAAAAGCAGAUCGUGAGCGAAGCGAAAUCAAGGCUUGUAAUUACUGUGGCGACAGACACAGACGUGGGCGUGAGUUUUGCAGAGCUUAUGGUGAGAUAUGCAAUUUCUGUAAGAAGUCAAAUCACUUUGAAAAACAAUGCAAAAUGAAGCUUAGAGCACAUGCCGUGAAAGCAGAAGAAUUUAGUGGGGCAGACUCUAGUGAUUUAGAAUAUUUGGAUAGUGUGAAUGUUAAACCGGAGACGAUCAGCGCCGUGGGCUGUGACCAGCCGAAAGAAAUUUAUGCAAAGAUGCUCGUAAACAGUAAACCUGUGAAAUUCCACAUCGAUUGUGGGGCGACGGUAAAUGUUCUUCCGCUGAAACACGUCCAGAAUAAAGAGAAAAUCAAACCGACUGAUCGAGUUCUGCAAAUGUGGAAUAAAAGUGAAAUUAGCCAGAGGGGUCUUGUCGAUUAA